AUGUCCAAUUUAAAUGCAACCAUUUCGUUUCUUAACGCUCUUAGUCUCGUUCAAACGAACAUUUCGAUUUAUGGAUAUUCGGUCAUCCUUAUCGUGGGCAAUAUUGGCUCAGUUUUAAAUGUUUUCGUUCUUACUCGACGACAGUACUUACAGAAUUCAUGUUCGUGUUAUAUUCUUGCGUCAACUGUCACAAAUUUGAUUAUUCUCAAUGUUGUUGUGUUAUUUCGUUUGUUAACCGGUUUCGACAUUGACCCAUCGAGAACGUCGGCAUUUUUCUGUAAAUUCCGUACUUACAUUGUUCAAAUGACUACUGCAUUGUCGAGAAUCUAUAUUGUUUUGGCAUGUAUCGACCGUUGGGCAAUGACAUCCACAGUUGUCCGUCGACGUUCAUUCACAAAUAGAAAAGUUCCGAAGAUUCUCAUUCCCAUCGUGGCAAUAGUAUGUGGCUUAUCGUUUAUUCACAUACCGUUUUACUAUGAUAUCAUUCGAAGUCGAUGUACGACUACGUCAAAUAGUUACUUGCAGUUCUAUAAUAUUUUCAACACAGUUUUAUCAGGAGUCACCAUUCCUAUUCCAAUGAUCAUUUUUAGUAUAUUAACAGUUCGUAAUGUUAAAAGACUUCAACAUCGUGUUGAUAACAAUACAUUGCUCACUGAACGAAUCAUUCCGAACAAUAUUGUCAACAAAAGACAUCAUGACUAUCAACUAUUCUAUAUGAUUUUUAUUCAACAGUGUGUUUACAUUAUAACAACUUUACCAUUUGUGUCAUAUCUAUUGUAUAUCACUAUUACCAUGUAUUCAGUGAAAUCGCCUGUUCAAACUAGUAUCGAUAAUUUGUAUAUGACGGUCGUCUUUACAUUUGUUCAUGUUAACUUUGCUGCAACAUUCUACAUUUAUGUAUUGAUAUCGCAUACAUUUAGAAAGGAUUUAAAGCGCUCAUUAUUACGCGGUCGUUUGAUAACUUGGAUUAGUGGAAAUCAACAAAAUCGAAUAACCGUCGCAUCGGUUCCACUUGAAAUCAAUUUACCUCCACGAACAUAA